AUUUAAACUCUGAUCCCAUACAAUAACCACAUAAGUGUCUUUUCUGACUUCCUUUUCUCAUUUUAUUUUCAGAGGUUUGUGUCUACCCAGUUUGUCCAACAGUUUCAGUCAUAUUGGCCGUGCAGAUGCUGUACUGUCGUCUGGCUUUAGGAAUACCAGGACCCCAUGUCAGCUUGUACCCCCCAGACAAAGGCAGAGAACAAGAAGUGUGGUUGAAGCCUCGCCACCUUCCCACAAUCAGCUUUGUGUGUCAGAGUCCAGCCAACUCAGCCAAUCGGCCCCCAGCAUAAUGGAACCACUUCUGUGCCCCAACACCAUGAUGCAGGCCAGAGCGCACAUUCAGACCCGACUGACUUCUCAUAAUACUUUAAAUGAUCAAAAGGGUCCUUUGCAAGCUUUAAACUGCCGCACACCCAAGCUUUUGGUGCCCCUAGAUGGCCGACCCAGAGAUGGGAAAGCUCUGCCAUUGCUAAAACCCCAUGUUCCCCUAAAGCCUAUAAGCCGGAGCCCCCUUAGCACCAGGACCAAGCUAAGAAAAGAGAGGCUGUCCUGGGGGAGCCCAUGCAAUGGCCCUUCUACGGCUGGCAGCGAGGAAAGUGGGUCCAGCAGCAGUAGCCAGAGUUCAAUCAACUUGGAGAAGGAGGACGAUGAUGAUGGACAAAUCCAAGAAACUUAUUUUAAGGGCAGAAAUCUGUUUGUAAAAGAUGGAACAGUGCUGCAUUCAAAUGACAGAAUUGCAUCUGAGGCAAAUGUUUCUGCAGAGACAACGCUUCAUGCUAAUGUUAAAGCUAGAAUGUGCUCACUGGUCAACAGAUCAAUACAUGAUAGAGAAAGAGACCGUGUCAAAUGUACUAAUCAUCUAAGAGUAGAAAAAGCUGAGUGCUCUAAGUAUGAAGCAAACAAUACAAACCAUCCAAAGGACGCUAUUAAGAGUGAGUCUUUAAAGGAAUUUAACUACUCUCAAAAAGUAGAGCCUUUAGGUCCGACAGAUUUUGAGAGUGAUGAGAAAUCAGAUGCAUCUAUGUUUAGUGACGACAAGAGCAAUAUGAGCAGCACGAAUGUAUCCAAAACUGGAAUAAGCAACAAAAUCACAAACGAUGUGAGGGACCUUCAAGAUGAUGCUACUGGUUGCUUUGAAGAAAAUUAUGAAAAUGAACAGAUGAAUUCAGACCACACAGAGCCAACGAGAAAUGUUUGCGGUGAUCAGGAAAACAGGGCCAAACAAGUAAGAGCUUGUAGUGCAGAUACGGCUGUGGAGAAAACCGGCUUCUUUCCUGUGGAUCCUAAGAAAUAUGAGAAGAUGUUUAAAGCCCGGAAUAAGGAGAGUAAAACAAGGAUGAACUGUCACUUGAAGGCAAAUAAUUCAACUAUUCAUUCCCUCAACUACGAUCCACGUAUCUCAGGUGAUAACCACUCCAAAAUUAAUCUGAAGUACUCUGCCGUUUCCGCGGUGGUCAAAGACAAAAGCAAGAAAAGCCCUGAGCUAAGUAUUGCCAGAGAUGCCAACCUGGCCAAAGUCAAGUUAAAAAUGAAAUCUGGUAAUGCUUCUUUCAAUACCCGUACUCUAACCCUACGUAAGGUUUGUGAACCUUCACACAGCUACAAAACACAUCAACACACAUCAAUGAGAGAGCUAAAAAGCGCCCGGCACUUUAAGAAACCAUGCUUAGGUGAGAAAAACCCAAGAUCUAAAUCUGCUGUGGACCUCAUCACUUACAGAGAGAUGUUUCAGCAAAUACAGAGUGGUGAUGGAGGACCAGCCAUGUAUGAGAUGUUUGCUGGACCAUUAUUUGAAAAUCUUCGGGUCUCCAACUCGUGUGAGAAACGUAAAGAGAGACAACUACAGUCCAUGUCAACUAGAAAGACAAAACAGAGCCACAAAGCCAAACACAAACCAUUACAGAAUAAGCCGAAGAUAAACUCAGUGGAGAGUACAGCUACUUUCACUAAAAGCAAAGGAAAACCAAUGUCAUCUAGAAUGAAACCUCAGUCUACCACUAAUAGCUGCAGAACAGAAAACAGUUCUAGGCUAAAAGCUGAAGUAGGUACUUCUAAGGAGUGUAGUCAUAAAUCUUCUAAAGUUGAAUGUGAAGAUCACAUUUUAUCAACCAUAGUGAAAGCUCUUUCUAAAGAUGGAUCGGAAACAUUACAACCAGACGACAAAACUCUGAGUGGACCAACAACAUCCAUUUAUGGUGUUGACUCAGCUAAACAAGAUCUAGAGUUGACCCAAUCACUAAACCCUCAGCAGCCAAAGAUGAACACUUGGACCUCUUCAGGCAGCAUCUGCCACACCCUUAUGUCACCAGUUUACAAGAAGUUUCUGGAUGAGGUCGGGGAGGGUCCACUAACUGAUGACCUGCUGCAAUGUCUGGCAGACGAGCUGAUCUCACUGGAUGAGAGGGAUAUUUCUACGCCGCCUGAAAACUCAGAACAGGGAAAAAAGGAGUUCCAUGGGGAAGAAGAGCUUAUAUCAGGACAAAAUACAUUUUCUGAGGUCGCUCAAACUGAAAGUAACACUUACCUUGGCUCAGAGCUGGUUGCAAAUGACACCAUAACAUGGGCUAAGGGUGAAGUGCUUGGGAAGGGUGCCUAUGGAACAGUGUACUGUGGUCUGACCAGUCAGGGCCAGUUGAUAGCUGUAAAGCAGGUUUGCCUGGAUUCAUCUGACCCUGAUGCUGCAAAGAAGGAAUACAAUCGUCUCCAGGGUGAGGUGGAGUUACUUAAAACCCUUCGACACAGCAAUAUUGUUGGCUUUCUGGGGACAUCCCUUUACCAACAUGUUGUUUCCAUCUUCAUGGAGUAUAUCCCUGGUGGAUCUAUUGCCAGCAUACUUCACAGAUUUGGUCCACUGCCAGAGCGAGUGUUGGCUCUGUACACCCAUCAGAUCCUUGAAGGAGUGGCUUUCCUUCAUCAGAACAGAGUGAUUCAUCGAGACUUGAAAGGAAACAAUGUCAUGUUGAUGCCAACUGGUGUCAUCAAGCUAAUAGAUUUUGGUUGUGCACGACGCCUCAGCUUCUUGAACAACACAGCUCCAAACAGCGGAGAGCUGCUGAAAUCCAUUCACGGCACGCCUUAUUGGAUGGCGCCAGAGGUUAUCAAUGAGUCUGGAUAUGGCAGAAAGUCAGAUAUUUGGAGUGUUGGUUGCACAGUGUAUGAAAUGGCCACAGGAAAACCACCACUCGCACAUAUGGAUAAAAUGGCUGCCUUGUUCUACAUUGGUUCUAGUAGAGGGUUCAUGCCCGCACUGCCAGAUGGCUUCUCAGAGAAUGCCAAGGACUUUGUAAAAAUCUGUCUGACAAGUGACCAGAGUCUACGGCCAUCAGCUGACCAGCUUCUGAGACAUUCCUUCAUUCCUAAAGAGCGAACAAACAUCAAAUACUGGGAAGCACAGAAAAAGAACUGCUGUGGUCCUAAAAUGAGUGUUUAAAUGAGUAUAAUUGGUAUUCUUAAAUCCAAAGGCAUUUAAUAAUCUCAAUAAUUCUGGUUCAUAACUUCAUUCUUUUAAGUGGACAGCUCAGUAUGCACAUUAGUCUCAAACCUACCGAAAUAAGGAUAUUAUGGUAACUUUUAUUAAUAUUGUAAAGAAAAUGAUUCAAAAGCACUAUGAACAAAUUAUGACUACUGUGUGCUUUAGAGCUUAUGUUGAACAAAUGUUAUGUGCCAGUUUUAUACAUAUGACAUGCGUAAAGUGUAUUUAGUAAUGAAAGUUAUGUGGUCUGUUUAGAAUAAACGUCAAAGCAAUUAAAAAACAUUGCAAAACUGUAAUAAAAAUCAUAGAUUACAAAGAAAAAUGUCAGAUGAAAUAUUUUGUAAAUGAUUGCCAUUCAAAAGUCAAUUCUAUGGUCAUUUUGACAUAAAGGUACAUUUCAAAUUGGAAUAUCAUCAACAAUGUCACUUUAUUCAGUGUGUUAAUUCAAAAAGUUAAACUAUUACAAAUUGAAUACAAAGAGUUAUUUUAACUCUUUUAUUUCUGUCAAUUUUGAUUAAAAUGGCCUACAGCUAAUAAAAAGGCAAAAUUCUGUUUCUCUAAAAAAUAAUUCAGAAAAACAAAAAAGGUAUUUUUUAUCCAGAAAUCUUAUGGCCUUAUUGUGUGAUCUGGUCCGUCUCAUCUAGACAAUUUCCCCAAAGAUUCUAUUUGAUGUUUAGGCCAGCUGCAGUCACCCGUUAUUUGUGGACUUUUUUUGUACAACAGCUUUUUCUUCCACUCAACUUUCUAUUAAUAUGCUCGGAUACAGCACGUUAAAUAGCCAGCUUCUUUAGCAAUGACCUUUAGUAAGUCACCCUCAGUAAGUCAGUGACUGUCUGCUGAACAGCUGUCGAGUGAGCAGUCCUCCCUGAUGGUUGUAUAGCUCAUAACAGAACAUUUCUGGAUUAAAAACCUUUUGUCUUAUGUAGUUUUCUAAUUUUUAGAGAAAUUUAAUAUCAGGAUUUUAUUAGAUGUAAGUCACAAAAUAAACACUUGAAAUAUAAUACUGUGCAUUGAAUCUAAAUUAGUUUAAUUUGUUGAACUACUGAAACUUUCUGAAUAUGUACUAGUUUAUCGAGAUGCACUCGUAGGUUUUAAACCUCCAUCUGUGGUAACUGGAUUUCUAAAUGUUUCAAACUAAAGAAUAAAAAGGGGCCUUUUCAACAGAAACUAAUUAGUAAAAAAAAAUAUUUUAGCAUGUAAAUUGAUUCAGAUUACCAUCCUCAGUGAUAUUUAACUUUGGUCUUUAUGUUCCAAUAAAUGUACUGCACCAAUUUUAUAAAUAUCAAAUCUGAGAAGUGUAACUAGUCCUAAAGGUUUUGCGGUCGUUUCAGCAUACACUUUGUCUAAUUGUCAGAAAACCGGAUUACUUAUUUGCCACACUUGUAUAUUUUAGAUCAUUUAAAAAUAUAUAAAGACGUGAGAAAAUAUUAAAGACUGUUUUCAAAAUAUGAUUUCAUUUAUAAAGCUAGAAAAGCUAAAAAAAAAAAAAAAAAGCCUAAAUCAUUCCUGUUGUUACAUCACAAAAUGCCCAAGUCACCACAUUUGUUUGGAAAGCCAAGGUCGAUUUCACUAACCUACCCAAGUCUGAAUGCUGCCAGACCUGUGGAAAUAAAAAUAACUUAAAACAUAACCCGCCUGGCAACAUGAAGCAUGCUUGAUCACAAACGUGUCGCAAUCUAAAUGAAAUAGAGGAACGUCUGAGAACCAAAGUAGUUAUCUUUAUUCAAUCUGUAAAUGAUAAAAAAAUAUAUUUUUAAAGGCUUUGGGACUACAGCGAACCACAAUUUAGAACAAAUAUCUACAAAAAAAAAAAAGUAUUUGUAAGUUGUGCAUCCAUUCCAGUUGUUAUGCUCCCUUUAUCUGGAACCUGCAACAAGAAAUCCAUGAGUUCUAUUUGUUUAAAGUUGCUUUUGAUUCUUCUAUUUAAACCAUUACCUAAAACAUAUUGGUAGAAGUUUCUACUGGAGAUAAAGGCUCAUUUAGGAUUUUCCACCUUGGAACAGACAGCGUAAAGGAUCUCACCGUCCACUGUAAAAAAAAAAAAACCCUCCUCGACCAACUGGUUUAGCUGAGCUCUCCUAGAAGGUAGGAGGAAAGUACAGAGCACCAGGACGUCUCUCACUCUUCAUCUAGGUGUGGACCAGGUUUAAAUAUCCCCCACUAUUGAAAUGCAUAGUGGGUCAGAACAGUUCUAAGUUUUGAGUUUAUGUUAAGAAAAUAUGGGCCUAAAAGCACUGAAUGCAUUCAUUAAUUUCAGUCUGUAGUCCAACUUUUACCUUCCUGUAUCAUAAACUUCAAUUUACUUUUCUCAUCAUAUAAAUAUCCCAAUAUAAAGCUAGAUCAAUACUUGCCAUUUACAUCUGGCAAACAAACAAUCUCAUUGGUAGUGUGACGGUCUGAGGUGGCUUUGCUGCUUCAGGACCUGGACGACUUGCAGCAGCUGAUGGAGCCAUGAAUUCUACCCUUUAAUAAAAAAUAAAAAAAACUAAAAACAUCCAGAUGGAGAAUGUCCAGCAAUCAACAUGCACUAAAGUUCAAGUGAACUUGGGUUCAGCAUCAGGAAAAUGAUCGUUCACACCAGCAUCCCCAGCACCAGCUAUCAGGGUUUUCACAAUUAUAGAUGAAACAAUGACUUGAAAACCGCAUUUUGUAUUCACUCGGGUUAUCUUUGUAUGAUAUGAAAUUUUAAUGCUAAUCGACACAUUAAAUGUGCCAGAAAACCAAAGACAAGAAAUGUAAGAGGGCACAUACUUCUUCAAAAUCACCGUGUGUACUAUUCAAAUGUCAACUUGAUGGUUCUUUUAACAGGCACAACAUUAAUAACACAACCAGAUUUUAUACAGUGUCAACGUGGUGGCAAUGAAGUUUAUUCAUUAUAUUAAAAUGAGAAUUGGAAAGACGUGAUGAGUGGUUCAUAUUUUUCUUUAACAAUUUCAGUUUUUUUUUUUGGCUCAACUGUAAAUCCUUUAUUACGAACAAACACCAUUCUUGGCCCAAUAUGGCACGUCGGAUGCUCUACAACAUAUAGGGCAUUAGAGGGUACAGGCUCUUUAGAGAAAUGUAUACUGGAAGUAAUGUUUUAAACAUUAAAACCAUGUUCAAGCAGAUGCACGAGAGAAUCCCUCGGACAUUGCCUGAAGAAAGAGAACGAGGCAAAAGACAUAUCUGUAGAUCUAAUAUGAACUUAAAUGUGCGAUUAAAUGUUCUGGUAACUUGAUGUAAACUGCAGUAGCAUAUUAUUAGCUUCCCUUUUAGUGAGGCACAACCUUUGGCAUCCAGCUUAAAGUCAACUUGGAAGUCAAGGUUUUUGGUACAAAAUGCAUCAAUGAUUGAUGUCUCAGCGGGAAUCAAAUGUUAAGGAACCCUACAGUACAUCACCGUCUACAGAGAGUCUGUGACCCCUGAUGCUGCAAUCAUUCAGUCGAUGACCCCAAUCAGCUGAUCAGUGAAAUAAAACUUUUAUAUGUAUUAUAGUCUUCUUGUUAUAAUUACAAGCAGCUCCAAACCUGAGUUGUCAUGGUAUAGCUUUCUCUUUAAACAUACAAAAGAAACAUUUAUCUCCAUUUCUUGUAAACAGCCAAGUAAGCGCUCCUCUCAUAUCCGUUUGAUUGAAACAUGCAAAUCAAAUGCAGUAUAAAAAGAAACGCAGACCAGAAAAUGUUGGAGAUGGAACUUUACACCUAAAAAAAAUAUUGCAUCCAUCAACAAUAUCAAGUGGAAUUCCAGCAAACAUAAACUUACUCAUCUCCAGCUGGCCGUCAACUUCUUCCAUAUAAUCACGCAAUGGAUUUAAUUAAAUUACAAAAAAGAAAACAAACAAAAAAAAAA